UUAGGUUAUAAACUAAGGUCAUCUUUUCGGAUUUUAUCUGUACUUAUUUGGAUUGUAGCUUUCAUGGAUAUUAUAAUCAGUAACAACCAAAUAAAAGAGACUGAAACAUGAGAUGACAAACCCAAAAGAGAAAACAUGGCUCCUUCUUCUUCUCCUUCAUCUUCUUGUUCUGCUUCUUCCUCUAAAUCUCCUCCUCCACCUCAUCAGUCCCCUUUUUUCACUCCAAUUCAAGAAUGUGAAAGGGAGGGACAAGAAGAUGGUGGUACUACCCCAAACGUAAGCAGGGACAAAGCGGUGACCCCAAAGCACUUCGCAACGCCCCUCCAUGCUAAAACCACUGCAAAAUCCUACGCCAGGAAACGUCACGAGUCUGCUGGAAAUGGUGGUGAUGGCGAAGAUGGCUCUGUUUCUUGCAACAAGUGCAGGCCUCACUCCAGGGAGAAGAUCUCCGUGGUUCCUUUAGACAACAACAAUGGAGUUAACAAGCAUUCCUUUUCCAUGGCAAGUCCUAAUGGGAUAUUCAAGUCCAUUUUCCAUUCUUUAACAAGAAAGAGUCCCAAAUCAACUGAUGUGUUUACAUCCAGAGAAGAGCAGUGGAGAAUUGCUGUCGCUGAACUCACACACAAACUUAUUCAAGCUACAAGAAAGAGAGAUGAAGCACUGCUGGAAGCUUCGAGGUUGAAGCACUCCAUGGCUGAGCUUGAGAAGAAGCUUGACAAGCUUGAAGUUGACUGUCAUAAUUUGAAGUCAGGUCUGGGAGAAUGUAACAGCAACUCUCCUUAUAGAAUGGGUAAAGCUCAUCAUCCUCAUCAAGAUAGGGUCAUUAGAGCUAAUGAAAAAGUGAUUCAACAAUUCUUGAUCUCUGUCUCUGAAGCUAGGUCUUCCAUCAGACUUUUAAGUAGAUCACUCAGCAUGCAAUUAAGGCACAUGGGUAGCAAAGUUUGUGAGAGGAUAUCUCUGCUAUUACAACCUUAUGAUAUAAAGGUUUCCCACUCGAAGAACCCCAAAAGCCUUCUUCUUUAUCUCGAAGCUUUGUUGAGCAAUGCUUUCUUCGAAGAUUUCGAAUCCGUUGGGUUUCGGAAGAAUGCUGUGAACCACAUAUUGAACCCCAUCGAUCGUUGUGAAGCCAAUUACGGGUCUUUCAAUAACUUACAAGGUUUAACAUGGGAGGAGGUCCUGAAUAAAGGGACGAGAUAUUUCAGCGAGGAGUUCAGCAAGUUUUGUGACAGGAAAAUGAGUGAGAUCGUGGCUAUGUUGGGAUGGACCAGAGCUUGGCCGGAGCCAUUGUUGCAAGCCUUUUUUGUUGCGUCAAAGAGUGUGUGGUUGGUGCACCUUUUGGCCAACUCGGUGCACCCUGGCUUACCAAUCUUCAGGGUGGAUAAAGGGGUAAGGUUUGAUUCACUAUACAUGGAGGACAUGGGUGGUGAAAGAGCCAUGAAACUGGUUCCGAGCAUGGUUCGGAUCAUGAUCACACCAGGGUUCUAUGUCUAUGGCAACGUAAUCAAAUGCAAGGUUAUUUGCAGGUACCACAACAACCUGGAUACUAGUUUAAUCAAUAAGGGCUUAACCCCAUCCCCUUAGUGUUGUGAAUUUACUUUUGCACUUUGUAAUAUUUUGGUGCUAAUUAUGUUAAUGUGAUAGCAUAAAUUAUCUCAUGAUAUGAAAAAGAAAGAGCAAAGUUGAAAACCAA